ACCACCGGGCCUUUGAUCGCUCUAUUAAUUGUGAGAACGGACAGGACCAAGGCACAAGGCACUUCGAGGUUGAUUCUGUGCGGGUUGGCAUAGAAAAUCAAAUGGCGCUAAGCUUAAUUGGCUGUCGCCACGGGUCCGUGGAAUUUGCAGCCACGGGUACCCGUGGGCCUAUUAGCCGCCUCCACAAUCUGACAGGUUUGUCUGAGAUUCUCGUUUCCGUGCCUGACAGUGACAAGACCCUGAUUGGUCGCCAACACAACAGCGACAGCGACAGCGACAGCGACGAAACCAGAAAUGGCACAGAGAUGACCAAGCUGCCAUGACCGACCAGAACUGUAUUUACUUACAUACCCCUGAUGGACAGUCAGAUACAGUGGGAGCAUUCAAGCAGGGUAGAGAAGGAGAAAGAGGCGAGGAAACGACACGAGACAUGGGAUACGGUGAUCGUGAGCCCAUACAUCAUUGGCGAAAUGGCCAAGCCGAAACCAGCGUUUAUUCAAUUAUCUAUGUACGUGUAUGCCAUAAUGGCUACUGGAAAUCCACAAAUUCUACAAGAUGCGUCUCUGCAUUGGCUCUGUUGCCCCGACAAUAGAGACUCGAAAGAGCUCUUGCCAGGACAGCAGGUUCGUAGCCAGCACCACGGACAGGUUGCAGAGGCCGCCUUCGCUGGCCGGUACACAGGGUUGGGACAUCUGUGACCCCCCGCAGGAAACCUAGGGAGAUAGGACAUCUGCGGGAAAAGAGGGAAGCAAUCCAUCAUCUGUAGGCUCCCGGGGCACUUCCAGAUGGCAUCGUCUGUAGGCUCCGAGGCACUUUCAGACGGCAUCGCUUGUGGGCCCGAAGGCACCUCACCAAACGGCUCUCACU